GGGUCGUCGAGCACCCGCGCGACCCGCGAAGUUGGUGCUUUGUUCGGAGACGCUGGCAAUGGCGAGGAUUUCUCCUAUUUGCUCGCCCGCUCACUCGAUCCUUCGUUGCAGGGAGAAAGAGAGAGACAAAAGAGGAAGCUUCUGGUGGAGGAAGGAACAGUGGCCACAUCCUGAGCCGGGAGAAGAAUCGGCGGGGUAAUGAACGCGACCUCACGGAAUGGGAUUUUUUGAGGACAUCUUUCUCGGCGAGGACGAGAGGAAGAAGAAGGAGAAUGCGGCGGAGAUGGAGGGCGGUCCCUCCGAACCCCGUCUCAUCCCCAACCUCUCCUCCAUCGCAGAUUCCGUCGUCCGCCGUUGCUCCAGGAUUCUUCUCUUGUCGAUGGAGCAAUUGCAGCAGUCUUUUGAGGCUGAGAUACCUGAUCAUUUUAAGCAACCAACAUCUUAUGCUAGGAACCUUGUGGAAUACUGUUCUUACAAAGCUCUUUGUGUGGAAACUCAAUGCCCAGAUCAUCUGGCUGAUAAAGAGUUUUCCCUUUUAACUUUUGACAUGAUGCUUGCCUGGGAGGCACCCGAUACAGAGACUGAAUCCUUACUCAAAGCAAAUGCUUGCUCUAACCAUCCAGAAUUUGAUGAUGACAAUGAGGGAUCAUUAUUUUAUGCAUGUGCAACAAGAAUGGCUAGCCAGAUUGAUGGCAAGAUGACUGUUGGACUGGAAGCUUUUGCCCGAAUAGCUUCUGCUUGUGCUUCUGUAGCAGAUCCAAUAACCGUUCACAAUCUAUUUGAUGCACUUACCAGCUCCUCAGGUGGUUGCCUCCAUUUUCUUAUAUAUGACAAGUACCUCAAAAGCCUUUACAAGGUGUUCAAAUCAAUGAAGCAUAUAUCAGGACAACACCGGAAUUUAAAUUUUAACCUUGCUGAUGGAGAAAUUAUCCUAGAAGUUGAUGCUAGAUCUAUUCUUCAACACAAUGGGAUAUCUACAAGGCCUGGAAGGCUGACACUUACCAGCCAUGCUCUAUAUUUUGAAGCAUCAGGCAUUGGUUCAUAUGAUAAAGCUGUCAUAUAUAACUUGUCCAAGGACUUGAAGCAGGUGGUAAAGCGUGAGUUAACUGGACCAUGGGGUGCUCGUCUCUUUGAUAAGGCUGUUAUGUACAAGUCUGAUUCUGUAGCAGAGCCGAUCUACUUAGAGUUCAGUGGCCACUCCCACAGGGACUACUGGUUUGCAAUCAUUCAGGAAGUCCUCAAUGUUAAUAAAUUCAUAAGGAAAUACAAUCUUAGAAGUUUCCAAAAAGCAGAAGCGCUUUCUAAGGCUGCUUUAGGCAUCUUUAGACAUCAUGCUCUGAAAGAAGCUUUUCAUGUCACACCAUCGCACUUUAAGAGUAUACUUGCUUUUAACUUAGCUGAAAAACUUCCAAAAGGAGACAAAAUCUUGGAAGCUUUAUAUAAUCACUUGGAGCUCAUGCAGGUUGGAUAUCAGAACAAUGCUGACGUUGUCACUGCAUCUGAGGAAAAGCCAUUAGCAGGUCCUUUACCAGAUUCAUUGUAUACACUUAUAAGAAUAGGCUUUCUGUUACCGAAGGAAGAUAAUCCUGAAGGAAAUGAUAUUUUGGUUCAUAAUAUCCAUGUUGGUCAGACAUGUCCAUUACAGAUGGCUGUUAGGGAAUCAGUUUGUUACUCUGGCAGAGUUGAAGCAGCACGUGCAACAUUAUAUCAGGUCAAAGUGGAGGAUAUUGAUACAAAUUUAGCUGUGAUUAAGGAUUUACUCUUUCCUUUGUCUCAAUUGGGCAAACUACUCAGUCAUUUAGCUUCAUGGGAAGAUCCUUUCAAGUCAAAAGUCUUUCUGUUUUUGAUCCUGUAUCUCCUUUACAGGGGUUGGGUUUGGUACAUCUUGCCAUGUGCUUUGGUAUCUGCUGCUGUUUGCAUGUUCUGGCAUAAGCAUCAUGGCAGUGGAAAACCAAUUAAAGCCUUCCAGGUUACACCUCCGCCGAAUAGGAAUCCUGUUGAGCUGCUCUUGAUGUUACAAGAUGGUGUUUCUCAACUUCAAACAAACGUCCAGGGAGGAACUAUUGCUCUUCUUAAGCUAAGAGCUCUUCUUAUAGCAGCAUUUCCUCAGACAACAAACAAAGUGGCUAUUACCUUGGUCAUCGUGGCAAUAGCAGUCAGCCUGGUGCCUUUCAGACACCUGCUAGUUUUAGUGCUAUUGGAGAUAUACACAAGACACAUGCCGCUGAGGAAAGAGAGCAGUGAGAAGUUGGUAAGGAGGAUCAAGGAGUGGUGGAGCCGCAUUCCUGCCGCCCCUAUUCAGAUCGGUGCACACGAAGAGCACAAUAAUUCAUGAUGAUAUAGCAUAAACCAUUACAAUUUUGGCGAUCACAUAUGUAAAUGCAUUAUUAUUCCACAGGGGAGUUUUGUUUUGGUUGCUUCUGUUACCUGAAUCUGGUCCCUUCUUGGUCUAUGUGGCAAAUCCUAUCUUCAGCAAAUGGAGAAGAGACUGCUGCCAGAGGCAGAGGCAGUGGCAGUGGCAGUGGCAAUGCCAGUGUACAUUGGUUUAACUUGUAUCCUACAAUGUAAUCCUUUCCCUGAAAUUUGAUAAAUGGAUACGAGUGACUU